UCACGCUUGAGUUGAAAAGAUGAAAAGAACAUUGUUUUGAUGUUUUGAUUGAAUGAUAAGUGUAUUUGUGAUGGCGAAUCAGUUCGUCCCUUUCUUCCAAUAAUGCCGAAGUCCAAAGGGAGCAGCCCAAAGGGCAAGAGGAAGCGGCAGGAUGACGUGUCGAACGAGGCCGAGCCGGUGGAAAAACGAGUUUUCCCCGACCGACAAUUGCGUAAGCGUGUUGAGCGCAAGUCUUACCGAGACAUUGACUUGGACGAGGAAGACGCUCAAGCCAGCAAGCGUGCUUUCAGUGUUGAGGAGAAGCUUCGCAGUGACAAGUUUUCUGAUGAAUUUGUCACUUAUAUGACGGCUGAAGAUUUUACGGCCGAGUACAUACAGAGAACUGGUUUGCGUACUCCGCUAAUAUUCCGUGAUAAAACGGGCCUGGGAAUGAAAGUACCAGAUGACAGUUUCACAGUUAACGAUGUCAAACAACUUGUCGGUGCACGGCGUACAAUUGACAUCAUGGAUGUGUCCUCACAACAAGGCUCCACCAUGAGCAUGGCAAACUUUGCAAAGUACUACACGAAUGCGAAACGUGACAAACUCUACAACGUCAUUAGCCUGGAGUUCACCAAGACUAAGUUGGAGCCUCUAGUGGAGUCACCCAGUUUGGUACGUCAGUUGGAUUGGGUGGACUUGGUGUGGCCGGAAACAUUGCGCGCUUUGCAGCAGGAGGCCACCAACCGACUGGUCGACAUGAAAUAUCCCAAAGUGCAAAAGUACUGCCUGAUGAGCGUCGGUGGCUGCUACACAGAUUUCCACAUCGACUUUGGUGGCACGUCCGUCUGGUAUCACAUUCUCAAGGGUGGAAAGGUUUUCUGGCUGAUUCCUCCAACCCCAAUCAAUCUUCAGAUCUAUGAGCAGUGGGUGUUGUCGGGUAAACAGCAGGAUAUCUUCCUGGGUGACAUGGUCGAGAAGUGUGCCCGCGUCGAAUUGAAACCAGGCUGGACUUUUGUCAUUCCUACUGGCUGGAUUCAUGCAGUUCACACUCCUGUGGAUUCGCUAGUGUUUGGUGGAAACUUUCUGCACAGUUUCAACAUAAGCGGUCAGCUUGCCGUGGCGGACAUUGAAGAAACUACUAAGGUUCCGCAGAAGUUCCGCUUUCCCUUCUUCACGCAGCUCAUGUGGUAUGCACUGGACAAGUACGCGCACUCUCUGCGUUACUACCUGGAACAGUUUCACGGGUACAAGCCUGAUGACAGUACCACCAUCACACCCACUGGCACCAUCGUCAUGGACACCAUCGUCAUGGACGCCAUAGAUACUGUGGACAGCACCAUCGACAUUGCAAUGGACACCACCAUUGACACUGCCAUGGACACGAGUACUAGCGGCAAGGAGAAAGAAGAGAGCGAUACUUCCCACACUGCUACAACUACUGCUGGUGCUACCGAGCCGAGUGAUGUGAAGUGUGAGAUGGAGAGCAUUGCAACACCAGAGCCACCUGUUGCCGACGCCACCCCGGCAAAGUCCACACGCGUUGAGAAAGCGCUCGUUUCCGACAGCCCGUCCUCCGCUAGUCCCAGAACGCGGCGUCGCAAGGCUGCGAUCGCCGCGGCUGCCGCCAUUUCCAUCACCGCGGCAACACCGACGCGCGCCUCCUCUGCCGCCUCCGCCAGCUCCAGCCCAGCACCGAUGCGCGCAGCUGCCGUAGCCAGCUCCAGCCCGACCCCAUCGCGUGCCGCCUCCACCCCGUCGUCAUCGCUGGUGGUGCGUACCAGUGCUGAAUCGUCACCCAGUGCACUGACAGAUGAGACGCGACCGGAUCAUCCUUGCAGCUCCAACAACUCCAGUACCAAUACGGACGCAGCGAAGCUCUCUCCGGCGCCCGCAUGCGCCGAGAUCCCACUGCUGUCAACGGAUGACACUGCAGCCCAGUCACCAGCGACGACGUCAGCUACUGCUGCUGCUUCGUCAGGAGACGGGAACAGCUCACAAGGCGGCAAGCCACCUCCAUCACCGCCAUCCUGCCCGCUCUCGGACAUGGCCUGUCUCAGCUCGUAUGAGAUUGACGGCUUGCGUCGGCUGCUGGCCGAGCUUAACGUUUCCACGACGAUGGUGAGGGCGUGUCCCGAGGAGCUGGGGGAUCCUGGCGAGCUCAUGUCGACCGUGGAGAUUCUGUUGAACGAGUAUGAAAGCCGGUUUCACGAGGACAAGGCCACUGGACAUUUUAUGCUCAUACCGGGAAUACAAUCUGAGAAUCUGCGUGUGUCGCCCGCACCAAUACCUGACAACAUUGUGGAAAUAGUGGCAGUUGAAACAGAGAUUGUAUGCAAGUCCUCAGCUGCUACUGCAUCUCCAAGAAAGACAGCAGAAGGAAGGGUGGGCAAGACGGAAUCAAGCCCUGGCAAAGUGAAAAUGAGGUCCCUGUCUGGCUCAGUAGACAGCACUCCCGCAUCCCCCGCUGCUGGUACUGCAACAGCAAGAGCUACUUCAAAGUUGGCAAGUGCAUUGGUUACAAGUAAUUCGGGCAUGGACACCAGCAGUGCAAUGUCGGAUCAUUUUAGUGCGGACGACGACGAGCACUUUGCAGACACUGGAGAUUCGAAUGAUCGCUAUGACAACAACACAUCGACGGGGAGACAGAAGCGUGGUAGACGCCGCACGUCAUCCUCCUCCUCAUCGUCAAAGGUUGCAGGUUGUCGCAUCCGGAGCAUUCGCUGCCGUAACUGCAAGAACUGUUGUCGUACGGACUGCGGUGAUUGUCGCCAUUGCAAGGACAUGCCCAAAUUUGGCGGAGAGGGACGCGGCAAGCAGUCGUGUCUGCAGCGCCGAUGUUUGAAUCCCAGGAAACCAACGGUGGCACGUCAUGUGGAUCACACGUCCUCCGAUUCUGACUGUGCAUCACCAGCUGCAUUGCCAACAACGGCGUUGUCAAGGAAACGUGCAUCUUCUGUCGGUGAAGAGACGGCUCCAUGUAGCUCUGACCCUGCAGCCACAUGUACAACAACAACGACGACGAUGACGACGACGACGCAAGGGGUUGAUACGACUACUACUGCUGGGGAUACAUCUGAAACAGCACAGGGUCAACUGCCAUCGGUAUCAACAUCUGUGACGUGUAGCGUUGGCGAUACCAAUGCUGCUGCUGGCAGCUCAUCAGUGGCUGUUGUGGCUCCGAUUGUAAUCGAUCCAGCUCUGCUUUCAGCCUCUUUCAUGAUGUCUGGAGAGUCGCUGGGCACACUGGUCGAUACUGCAAAGGACACCACCACAGCGGCAGCAAAGGCAGUCGAGACUGAGGAGACGGAAACCCGGAGCAGCGCUGGCAAGAAGGGAAAACCCCUCGGCCGCGACGUCAUGUCCGGAAUCACAGGCGGCCCGAACGUCGACGUGUCUAAGCUGCCCAGUUUCAAAAAGAACAAGCCAGUUGCCAUGGUUGCUGCUAGCACUGCAACAACCAGCAAGGGUACGACAUCACCACAACGCACUGCUAGUGGCGGUGGCGGUGGUAGUGGUGGUGCAGUUAGUGAUCGUAUGUUGCUACUUAGUGAGGAGAAAGGUAGAGCGUCAGCGGACAGGUACUCGUCGCCGUCUGGUCGGGAGGACCGAGGAGCGUCGUCCAGGCCUGGUGGUGAAGGAGGAGGAAUGAGGGCUGGACACAAUCACCCGGCGGGAUAUUCACGCGCCGAGCGGGAUCGCCAUCACCAUGGUAACCACCGUACCUCCCACGGCUGGGCCGCUGACGGCGGAGGUAGUGAGGAGGACUUCCGACACACCGACCCUCGCCAACAACAACGUCAUCCUCCUCAUCACCAUCAUCACGAUCACCACCCACAACAGCAUCAUCAGCCGUAUCAUGACUAUCCUGGGGAGGAUGAUGUCCAUCACGGGCCACACUCUCGGCGUGACGAGCGACGUUUCCACGACGACGUUGACCGCCCGGGCCACAGUGGGAAUCAUCAGUUUAAUCAUCGUCAUGACGACCGUCACCCCUUCCAGCCUGAGUCGGGCAUGCCCCCUCCGGCAAGACCCGGUCCUCCUCACGAUGUCGGUUUUCACCAUGGUCCUCCACAUCCACAUCCACCAAUGUCAGGUCCUGAUCAACAGCAGGCUCCGCACCACCACCACCAGGCCCCGUUUCGGCCACCACCUUUCCCGCCUUCAUCCCAGGCGCUGGCGAAUGCCCCUCCGCACCGUCCGCCUGGACCACAUGGGCCGCCAGUUGCUGGCAUGCCACAGCUCCCACCACCUCCAGUGCAACACCAGGGUCCUGUACCCCCUGGGCAGCACCAGGGUCCUGUACCCCCUGGGCAGCACCAGGGUCCAGUGACGCCUGGGCAACACCACGGUCCCAUAGCGCCGGUGCAUGCUCCGCCCGGACAGGCUGGGUUUACCGGCGGUGUUGUUGCCCCACCACCAAGUGCUGGCUUGCAGGACCCUCGGUCAGGACUACUACCGCCACCUGCUCACCCCAUGCCGCCACCACACCCUACCCAACACCCUACCCAACACCAGCAGCACCAGCAGCAGCAGCAGCAAACAAAUGUAUCAGCUCCUCCGACCUUCCCCGUUCCUCAGCAGCAGCAGCAUGCAGCUCAAGUUGCUCCUUCGCAGCCUGCCCUUCUCCCUCCGCUGUCUUUGCGCAGGCCACAGCCCUCGCACUCUGGUCUUGCAACAAGCAAUAGUAAUCCACAGCAACAGCAGCAGCUUCACCCAUCGGCUGCUCCACCGUUCCGAAGCCCUUCUCCGCUGCUGCCAACCCAGCAGCCAGUGUCACCGAAUCCCCUUCCCCAGCAGCAGCAGCAGCAGCAGCUUCAGCCACCUCAACAGCAUCAGCUGCAACCGCAACAACAUCUGCAACAGCAACAACAUCAGCAUCAGCAACAGCAACAGCAUCAGCAUCAGCAACAUCAGCAUCAGCAUCAGCAACAGCAACAACAGUUCACUAUGCAACCUCACUCUCAACCCUUGCCGCAAGCGCACCCUGCGUCCUCUCUACCAGCAGGGUCUUCGUUACCCGCAGCAGCAGCAGCAGCAGCACCGCGUGUCCCGUUUCAAUUCAACCCGCCUGCGCCCUCCGUGCCUAACAUGCCUAGCAUGCAGUCACAGCAGCUCUUGCCAACACCAACACCUAAUCACGACUCAGCCAUGACAUCAUCAUCAUCAUCAUCGGCCAUCGACCCCGUGUCCGCCAGAGACCCUAUGUCCGGUGGAUCACCUGCCAUGGUGUCGCGGGACUACCAGCAUCGCCAUCACCAUGGUGAUCAGGGUCACACCGCCGGCCAUGGUCCUAGUAUGUCACAACAACAACAACAUCAACAACAGCAGCAGCAGACAAUGCCGGCGACAGUAGCAUCGUCAUCGUCCUCUAACCCAGGCAUAUUACCGGCAGCGGCAGGUGGUUAUGCAGCAGGCAGAGGACCAGGUGUGCCCGGCACCACUAUGAAUACUUCUGCACACACGCUACCACCAGCCAUGCUCCCCGCCCCGCCUGCACCCAGCCGCCCGGCCAUUCUGUCUCAACAACUGCCCGUGCUGUCAGCGUCGUCACGGCAGCGUCGCCUGGAGUCACGGCGUGCGCUCUUGUCUCGUCGUAUGUCCAUGUGUCACUCCGACAAGUCACACGAUCGCUUGCCGCUGACCACCGGUGGCGUGCAUGCGCUACAGGCCUCGCACUGGUCGCUAAUAUUCCGUUUCCUCUCGCACGGCAUGCUAGCGCGCUGCAUGCGCACAUGUCAGGCGUUCAAGCGCUGGUCGUCGCACCCGCAGUUCUGGAAGAGCAUCGACCUGACUCGCUACACGCCCGUUCCCGCACCCGUACUCGGCGCCGUGGCGCGACGUAAGCCAAUGCGCUUGCGUCUGGACUGGUGUGGCCUGACUCACCGUCAGAUGCUGUGGCUGGGUGCGCGCCUCUCCAAGACCCUGACGUUUCUAUCGCUGGACGGUCUCCAGCCCAGUGUCAUUCUGGCGUUGUCAGCACAUGGCGCCUCCACUUCAUCGAGCAGUCCUGCUGUAACUGAUGCUGCGGCGGCUUCGGGGGCGGCAAAGAAGACGUCUGUAUCGCUGCCGGCGUCCGUGCAGGACAUCUCCGUGUCCUGGUCGUCGGAGGUGAAUGACGAGACGGUGCGCUGUCUCCUGUCCACGCCGCUGCCGGAUCAGCUCCACUCGUGGUCGCCGCUGUCGCGCCUCAUGUACCUGGCGCUGAGCGGCACCAGCGUCACCGACGAGACGGUGCACGUGCUCGCACAGAACGCCGCCGGUUUGCUCCACCUGUCGCUCAGCUUCUGUAAGCAGAUCAGCGACGCCGGCGUUCGAGCCAUCACUGCCACACAGUGUGCCUUUGUGCAGAACGUACAGAUCCUGGAGAUGGCCUCGUGUCCCCGUAUCACCGACGCCGUCGUGCCGGCAUUCUCACGGUGCCGCUCGGCACGUCGUAUCGACCUGCGCAGCUGCCCGCUGCUGUCAGCGGCAGCUUGCGUGAAGCUCGCUGCGUCCACGCCUGGUUUUGUCAUGUCUGAAGACUGCCUCAUCGUCGCGUAGGUUUGCUGCGUCCACGCCUGGCUUUGUCAUGUCUGAAGACUGCCUCAUUGUGGCGUAGGUUUGCCACGCCCACAUCUGGCUUUGUCAUGUCUGAAGACUGCCUCAUCGUGGCGUAGGUUCUACAUCUUCUAUCAGCAGUGCAGAUGCUGCUAAUUGGCAUGCCGCUAGUCAGCGUGACGUUCCUGCUCGUCUGCUGUUGUUUUCCGCUGUGGUGACGUCAUCAUCAUCUGACCGUUAUGUCACCAUUGCCUGACCAUGAUGUCACCAUGAUAUGAAAAUGACACGCCAUUACCUGACCGUGAUGUCAUCGCUCGCUGUGGCAUGGAUUCUACUUCCCACGGCAGGCUUUGACAGCCCCGGGUGAAUCCUGUCUGCGACCUAAUCAUCAGGUUAUUGUGCUAGCGCUAUGAGGGAGAGGUUUGUCAAGCGCCACCGCCCAUCAAGCAUACAUCACCGUCUGGCUGUGAUGCAUCGCAGGGCCUGCUGAGAGGAGUUGUCGGACUCAGGGCGCAGGCGCUGUGCCGGUCCAUGCAAACAUGAUGUCACUAGUCCAUGUAACCAUGACGUCACCAGUGAAUGCCAAUAUGACGUCACCGCUCCAUGUGAUUAUACUGUCACUAGUCCAUGCAAACAUUACAUCAUCAGUCCGUGCAAACAUGACGCCACCACUCCAUGUAAUCACGACGUCGUCAGUCGUCACUAUGAGGUGUAGGCUCUUGCCAGGCAUGACGCCAUGAGCCAUGAGUGUUUCAGUUUAGUGCCGCUGUGUUAUUGUUGUUGCAUGCUAACCUUAGUUCUGUAACAAGAGUGCUGUUGCGUGGCUCUCUGUGUGUGUUCAAGCGAGCAUGUAGAGACGUGACACGUGCUUUCAAUGUUGCUAUAGUUUUCUGAUGUCGAUGAUUCUAUUCUCCUAUUAUAGACUGCAGUACGGUCCGCUCUUGUAUUCUAUUAGGUGAGUGGUGAUGAGUCAUGAUGACAUAAUCACUAGAUGAUCAUGAUGUCAUAAUACCCACCCCUGCUGUGUGCCAUUGUUAUUUUAGCAUCACUGUCUGUUUUUCCUUUCUGGACAGCUGUGACGUGUGUACUCUGGGAUUACCUCGCACUCAUGCACGUACCCGUGUGUAUGCAUCCCCCGUUAUGAGCUGCAAUCUCAUUUGUGUGCUGAGCAAUGUAGUGGAAGUUUUUUUUCCCGGUAUAAUCCUAGACCAGACUGCUCCUUGUCUGACCUUUUACUUUGUGCUGCAAUUUCUCUGUGUGUGUGUGUGUGUGUGUGUGUGUGUGUGUGUGUGUGUGUGUGUGUGUGUGUGUGUUUGUUUACGUGUUCAGUCGGUUUCACCAAGUUGCUGUUGUUCAUGCUUUCCUAUUAUUUUCUCCAUCAUGUUCAGCAGUGUACGUAUCACCUCUCUGAUGACAUCAUAUUUUUGUAGCAUGACGUCAUUGUCUUUACCACGUGUAAUGAUAACACCUGACAGUCCAAAGUCA